GCCGCAGCAGCUCCAGGUGGCGUUUGAGGACGUCGCUCUGUAUUUCACCCGGGAGGAGUGGGAGCUCCUGACCCAGCCAGAGAAGCAGCUGUACCGGGACCAGAUGCUGAGGAAUUACUGGACCCUUCUUUCCCUGGGCUCUUCAGGUUCCAAACCAGACUUAAUCCAUCGGAUCGAGAUAGGGGAGGCAGAGCUCUGGAUCCGGGAUGCCGAGGGCCCCAGGGUAAACUCUGGAUCUGAGAGCCCCCUCUCAGCAGGGCUCGGGAUCCUGGGGGGAAUGAGGACACAGUCUGAAUGUGGGGAGAGCGCGGCAGGAACGCAGGAUCCCAUGGCCAACAGAGGGAUCCAUGUAGUCGCAGUCCCUCACUGGGGUAAACUCAACCAGAGACUCCUCAUGGACCUGCGUCCCCAUCGCUGCAUUGACUGCAGCAAGAAGUUCAGCAACCCUUCUGCGCUGACCCAGCACCAGUGCAUACACACGGGGGAGCGGCUGUACUGCUGCACUGACUGUGGCAAGAGCUUUGCAAAGAGCUCAGCUCUGAGAACACAUCAGCGCACUCACACCGGGGAACGGCCGUAUCGCUGCACUGACUGCGGAAAGGGCUUUGCAGAGAGGUCAACCCUGAGAACACACCAGCGCGCGCACACCGGGGAGCGGCCGCACCGCUGUGCUUACUGUGGCAAGGGCUUUGCACAGUUUGCACACCUGAAAAGACACCAGCGAACGCACACUGGGGAACUGCCAUACAACUGUACCGACUGCGGCAAGGGCUUUGCGCAGAGCUCAAGCCUGAGAAUACAUCAGCGCACACACACCGGGGAGCGGCCGCACUGCUGCACCGACUGCGGCAAGAGCUUUGCAGAGAGCUCAACGCUUAGAAUACACCAGCGCACGCACACCGGGGAGCGGCCGUAUCUCUGCACCGACUGUGGCAGGAGCUUUUCAACGAGCUCAAUACUAAGAAGACACCGGCGCACACACACUGGGGAGCAGCCAUACCACUGCAAUUACUGUGGCAAGAGCUUUGCACAGAGUUCAAUACUGAGAAUACACCAGCGCACACACACUGGGGAGCGGCCGUACCUCUGUGCUCACUGUGGCAAGGGCUUUGCACGGAGCACAUACCUGAGAAUGCACCAGGACACACACUCUGGGAAGCAGCUGCACCGUUGCACUGAUUGCAAAGAGUGUUUUGCACAGAGCUCAUCCCUGAGAAAACACCAGCGCACACACAGCGAGGAGCAGCCGUACCGUUGUGCUGACUGUGGCAAGAGCUUUGCGGGGAGCUCAAAGCUGAGAAAACAUCAGCGCACACACACCGGGGAGCGGCCAUACCACUGCACCCACUGUGGCAAGGGCUUUGCAGAGAGCUCAAAGCUGAGAAUACACCAGCGCGCGCACACCGGGGAGCGGCCGUACCACUGCACCGACUGUGGCAAGAGCUUUGCAGUAAGCUCAAGCCUGAGAGCACAUCAGCGUACGCACACCAGGGAGCGGCCGCACCGCUGCACCGACUGUGGCAAGAGCUUUGCAGAGAGGUCAAAGCUGAGAAUACACCAUCGCACGCACACCGGGGAGCGGCCAUAUCACUGCAACGACUGUGGCAAGGGCUUUGCCCAGAGCUCAACCCUGAGACUACACCAGCGCACGCACACCGGGGAGCGGCCGCACUGCUGCACCGACUGUGGCAAGGGCUUUGCCCAGAGCUCAACUCUGAGGAUACACCAGCGCACACACACAGGGGAGCAGCCGUACCACUGUGACGAUUGCAAGAAAAGCUUCAGCAAUGCAAGUACGCUGACCAGACAUCAGCGCACACACACCGGGGAGCAGCUGUACUGCUGUGCCAACUGUGGUAAUAGAUUCAGCAACGCCAACAAGCUGAUCCAGGUCCAGCACAUGCACACCGGGGAGUGGCCAGACCUCGCUGACUGCGGCAAGGGCUUUGCACACAGCUCAAACCUCUGAAUACAUCAGCGCGCACACACUGGGGAACGGCCAUUCCAAUGCACUGUCUGCAGAAAAAGCUUUGCACAGAGCUAAUACCUGAGAACACCAGCACAUUCACAGCAGGGGGCGGCUGUACAGCUGUGCUGACUGUGGCAAAUGCUUUGCUCAAUUGGGCAACCUCACUUGGCACCAGUUGACUUACUAACACCCCUCUGCCAGUGCCAGGGCCUGAGGGGCUUCUGGCAGUGGGUGGGCUUGGCACAGUGCCAACGAUGCAGAUAAGGGAGCAGUCCUGUCCCCACGAUACCCAGCAGAGACUGUGUGGGGCAGGGAAUGGGACUUGGCUGAGCAGUGUGGGGAUUUUAGAGCAGAUGGUCACGGCCUACUCCAUUAGAGUCCCCCUGCAUCAAGCUGGGAUCCAGCCAGGUCUCUCUGUCAAACUCUCCCCAACACACAUAGCUGUGAGGCAGCAGGGACAAUCCCUCUCCACCCCCACAUCCAGAUGGGACUGAGGUGGGAACUUCCCUCCACACCAACCUUGGUUUCAGCCAGGGAGUGACUCUUAGGUGACAUCUGGAGGUGGGAUUUGCAGUCCUCUCAGCAUGGAUCGGGUUGAGGGGCGGGGCAGGACAGCCCAGUGUGUGUGAUUGAAAGAUGACUCAGGAACUGCUCGUGCUGUCUACUUUAAAUAGAAAUGCGAUGAAGAAGAACUAAGUACCUAAUGUGGAACAAAGAUCUAUCUCACCAGGUGUUUCUUUGCUGUUAAAGAAGCUGAUGCAUUCGGAUGGUAUGUGGAGAAGCCAAUGUGAAGUGUCAAUCUUUAAAAUAAAUCAGCCCAAAUGUACUAAGGCCUAACUGACCUUGAGGCCUGAUGAACUGUGUGACUGGCAGGUGCUCACAGAGAGUUUUGCAUUACUCCUUGGGGGAAGUCUAUGCCCCCCCAAAAUUAAAAAUUCUACCCACCA